AUGUCAUUUCUGGGGAUCAACAAGAAUGAUGAAGUUUUGAAUGAAGAAGAGAUGCUGCAAACUCUAUUUGGUGGGGAACUUGCAAGAAAGCCACCUAGAAGUCGUCCGACACCAUGUGGUCAUGCACCACCACCUCGGGGUCGAUCUCCUCCGCCUCCUCCUUGUUGUCCCCCGCCUCCUCAUCCUCCUGCUCCAUCUCCUCAUCGCACCCCACCUUCACCAAGAGUAGGCUUUGAGAAUAAUAUGGCCUUGUCGAAGGAGUACGAGGAGGAGGUGACCUUGUCGAAGGAGUACGAGGAGUUGACUUUGUUGGAGAACGGGGCUUCUUUUUCAACCAAUUGA